GAAAGAACGAAAGGGAAGAAGGAAGGAAGAGAAGGAAGAAGAGGAGGAAGUUGCAGAGACAGAGACGCUUCAAACAGAUGACUCGUUUCGUUUCAAUCUCAACACAUGUUUCUUUUCCCUCAACACGUCUUGAAACUUUCCCAGUCCGUUUCGUUUCCUCCCAAAUCGUGUGUUUCUUCACGAACUCAACAAUGCAACACUUCGAUAACUUCUCACAAACAAAGGUCUAGUUUCACGUAGUUUCAAUUCACACAUAGACCAAAACUUGAUACGUGGAGGUAGGGACGGAGUGGAGGAACGGAGGUAAGGUGGAGGGGCGGAGAGAGAUUUCAGUUCCUCUAGCAAGCCAGGGUGAGCGACCGACACGCACUGGCCAUGAGAGAGAAAGUCCGGAGGGAGCCGCGCCACAUACUCCCUCACCCUCCGAAGGCUCAAGGCACACUGGCUUCAGAAGGUCUGACAGGUCCGUGAAUAAUGGUUCACGUGGGCCAGCUGCUGCGAGGCUCCUCAACCAGCAUAGAGACGUCGCGGCAGCUCUACAAACACCUGCUCAGGGAAUGCAAGAAGCUCCCCAAAGAGUCACAGAGUUACUAUCGCCAUUCUGUGCGGCAGGGCUUCACGCAGCACUCGGAUGAGACGGAUCCAGAGCGGGUGAGGCAGAUCAUCCAGCGGGCUGUGGAGGACGGAAAGUGGAUCAUUGAGAAGUACACGGGGAAGCAGAAGUGAUGACGCCUUGGCCAGAAUAUCCAUAGUGAGCACCCAACAUGGAGACAAGAACAGUAGAAAUGGUAGUGGCGGCUGUCCCUAACCAGUUCUGGGGCGCCAUCAAAAUUUUCACCGAGAAGCCACAUGUAAUCAACCGAAGGAUUUGCGGGACGACCAACCUGUGGAUCGGCGUUUGCGAGGAGAGGGAUUACAACCGAGAGAAAGUGUUGGCCUCUGUACUGGAUGCCAUUGAGUCUGAGACCAGUGAUGAAGAGAGAAAUAUUAGCCAAGAGAAAGACUUUACCUCUGUACUAAAUGCAACUGAAUCCGAGAGCAAUGAUGAAGAGAGAAAAUUUAGUAAAGAGAAAGAUUUUACCUUUGUACAGAAUGCAAAUGGGCCUGAGAAUAGUAAUGAAGAGGAGCAAGGUUUACAAGAGUUCACGCUUAAAAAGAAAAUAGAAAACAACAUCGAUUCUGAGCUAGAAUGUGAAAAUGAGAACACAAGUGGAAAGCUCAAUACCAGUGCUGAAAAGGCGGAUGAAUUACUACAACCAUCACAUGAAAAUAACUUAGAAAAUGACAUUGGACCACAGAUAAACUAUAGUAAUGUGAAUAAAUGUGAAUUAUUGAAAACCAGUGACAAAAAGAACUCUGAAAUCCAAAAGUCUGCCCUGGGAAUUUGCAUAGAAAACCACAUUUAUUCCGGGACAGACUGCAGCAAAUCAAACGCCAAUAUCAGUCACACUAACUUGAGUCUCCUCCAAAAGAAACUAGAAGAUGGAUGUUUCAAGUCACUCUCCAAUUACGAUGUGGCGAAGGUUGAAGAUGACUGCGAGGCCUCGAAUAAUGACAAUAAUGAUGAUGAUAACGAUGAAGGUGAAUCAGCCAUUGAAACAGAUCAUGUCGCCAGGUUUCAAAAUGAGUGUAAGGCUUCAGAAAACGACAACAACAAUGAAGAUGAAAUGGGCCAUCAGAAAGCUUCAAGGGACUACAGCGAAGGGAAGCUUGUUAUUCCAUGGGGGUGUUUGGCGAAGACUUCAAACACCGUGGCCGUCGUCAGGAAAAUAUUGCCCAAACAAGCGGAUAAGUUUGCUUCUGUUCUGGAGGUCAUUUUGCUGGACGGGGCGAGGAAGGGGGCGACCUACAUCACCGAGACCAAGUCAUCACGACUGUCCAUCAACCCUAAGGUCAACUACACUGUCGCCUUGACCUCCGCGGGAAUCUCCAUGUCAUGUCUAAGUGAGUGGCGACGCCAGAGGCCGAGGUGGGAGCAAACUGCCGGGUUCUGCGCGGUGAUUGGCUGCCACGGAGCUGAUCAACACCAAGAGAGAACAACAGGAGGAGGCAAGCAGGAAGGCGACCCCAGUGUGACCUGGCUGACCAAGAAUGUCCUCCCCAAAGUGGCCAAGUGGGCGGCGGAGGUGUCCGAGGAUGGCCGGGUGGAUGACCGUGGCUCCCUGAAGCUGGUGGACGUGGCGGAGUACAAUGAGGUGUAUCAGCGGCUCAAGAUUAAGUACGGGAAGCCUCUCGUCAAGAUGUGGCCCGAGGUAACAGACCCGCUAAAGUUUGUGUACGAGGACAUUGCCAUCGCUACCUACCUCCUCCUGCUGUGGCGGCACGAGAGGCAGCGGAGGGGCCUGGCGUCGCCCCAGAGCUUCGUGGACCUGGGCUGCGGCAACGGGCUGCUGGUGUACAUCCUGGCGGGGGAGGGACACAGGGGGUUAGGCAUUGACGUGAAGAGGCGCAAGAUCUGGGACUUGUUUCCGAGCCAUGUUGAGCUGAAGGAAGCCACCAUCGAACCCUCCGACAAGCACCUCUUCCCCGAGCACGACUGGCUGAUCGGGAACCACUCGGAUGAACUCACGCCCUGGAUCCCCGUCAUGGCGGCGAAGUCCAGCUAUGACACCAGGUUCCUCGUCAUCCCUUGCUGCGCCCACGACUUCAGCCAAAAGUACCGACGGCGACACGCGGGCCGAAGCCAAUACUCUGACUACCUCGAGUACGUUAAGGAAAUUGGUGCUGUGUGUGGAUUCAACGUCAAACAGGAUAAGCUUCGGAUCCCAUCGACCAAGAGGAUAUGUCUCGUCGGCGAAGAACGGACGAUUGACGCAUCUGCCAGUAGUGAGGUUUCCCUGACGAUUGAUGCGUUUAUUAAGGAGAGAACGGAAGCAACGAAGGAAUUAUCUGAUGAAGCGGAUGUGAAGUGUAACUCAGAGUCUUCUCAAAAUAGAGAUUGUGGUGGUUUGCUGAAGACUGAGAUGUGGACUGAGGGUUUUAAGGCCAGGGAGGGUGUGCAGCCAGUCAGGAAUUGUACCCAGCUGAAGAGGAGCGUGAGGGAGGACAUAAUAUCAGCCAUCGUUGGAGUGCUGAUGGAGAAGAAGCAUUUGGUGGAGGUCAACAUAGGGAGCAAUGAGACCCCAACCACUGUCGCUUGGGACCGGGGUGGUAGCAUGACCCUGGGGGACCUCGCUAGGCGCCUGGACCGCCUGCUGCUGGCCGCCAUGAAGAAGGAGUGCGGUGGCCUGCAGACACUGCUCAAGAACCACCGAUACAUCUUCAGCCUCUGUGAUGGCCUCGUUAGCCUUCAGGUCCCCCAACAAGCAUGGACGAAAAAGACAACGCCCAACACUUUCACCAAGACCAAACUCUGCUGGUUCCACGCACACCACCGCAGCGGCUGUCCCCUGCCCGCCCCGAUGUGCUUGUUUGCCCACGGUGAGGAGGACAUGCGAAUCAAAGAAGGUUCAGAGGGGCAGAGUUUGGGGCAUACAGUAUAACUGGACAUGGCCUCGGUUCUCAUCCCAGUCACAUUGGCCCUUGAGCUUCUGGCAGGAAAUAAGACCAGUGUGACCUCCAGGUUACCACAGUUUACCUUUCCCAGGUUCCCCCCAUGUACCCAUUUGUCACCGAUCCCAAAAGAGAGGAUGAACAGCAGGGUAGGCUGCAUGCCUACUGCCCAGGCCUGCAGAUUUGUAGCAAGGUGGGCUAACCACUUCACCACAGAGGUGCUUUAGAGAAAAUGUGCAGUAAAAAGUUACAGGGUGCUGUUAACGUAUAUAUGAAUUGUGAUGUACAGAAAAUCCAUUUCAUGUUAUCACUGUACACAUUCGUGCACUUGCUUUGUAUAUAAAGCUGUAUGAGAACAGGAAUAAAACGUCUAGUUGGCAUAAAA